AUGAACAGGGCUUGCAAUCUCGGCCUCUUUAAGGCUUGUAAGCUUCCCAAUAAUGGUCCACUCAUCUCGCAUUUUUGCUAUGCCGACGAUGUUAUUUUUAUUGGGGAGUGGACUAAUCAUAAUAUUUCAACUCUUAACCGGUUGUUGAGAUGGCUCCAUCUUGUCACUGGCUUAAAGGUUAACCGCCAAAAAAGUAAGGUUUUUGGGAUUGGUGUCUCCGAAGCUGAAAUAGGGGACUUUGCGGCCUUGGCUAGAUGUGAAGUUGGCUCUUUCCCUUUUUCUUAUUUGGGGAUUCCGGUGGGUGUAAACAUGAAAAGGGCUGCGUACUGGAAACCGGUGAUUGAAAAAUUUUCUAGUGUUCUCUCCAAAUGGAAAGCUAGACAUCUACCCUUUGCCGGAAGAUUAACCUUACCAAAGUCGGUUCUCGGUAGUCUCCCAUCUUACUUUCUCUCUUUGUUCGCGGCCCCGAAAUGCAUCAUUUACAAACUCGAGAAAAUUAGAAGAGAUUUCUUGUGGGGCAAAUCUGCUUCGGGUAAUAAAAUGAGAUGGCUGAGAUGGGAUUUCAUCAUCAAAUCUAUAAAAGCGAGAGGUAUGGGCCUUGGCAGUAUUCACUCUUUUAACAAGGCUAUGCUCUCUAAAUGGUGGUGGAGAUUUAAAGACAACCCGAAUCAGACGUGGGCAGAAGUGAUUCGAUCUAUUCAUACUGCCAACUCAGUCAGUAACAACUCUUUCCUUCCCAUAAAAAAGUUGAUCGCGGGGCCAUGGAAGGAUAUCUUCUCAGUGGAAAAGGAUUUCGCCAAAGUUGGUAUCAAUAUUUAUAAAAAGCUGAUUCAUAAUGGGGUCAAAUGGAUUUGGACAAAUGACCCGAACGGCUCCGUUUCGGUGAAACAAGUCAGACUUGAUAUAGAAGAGGCCACCAACUCGGGUAUUGUUGAACCGGUUGCUUAUGGAUGGAAUUCUUGGGUUCCUCCGAAGGUGAAUUACCUGCUUUGGAAAGCCAUGCUAGGCAAAGUUGCGUCUAAAAUUGGGUUGCGACAUAGGGGGGUUCCGGUUCAUGAUGUUUCUUGUCCUCGUUGCGGGAUCUGUGAUGAAGACCCGAUGCAUGUUUACAUAAACUAUUUAUGGGCCAGGAGCAUCUGGUGGUCCAUAUUGACAUGGAUGAGGAUUAAAUUCCCCAGUAACAUCGGUAGCAUUGAAGACAUGAUCGGCUACUUAAGAAAUCAGCCGGGCGAUGUUAAGUGGAAGAAGAUGGUUUACGCUGUCGCGUUGGCUACGGUCUGGAGGAUUUGGCUCGCCAGAAAUGACAAAGUUUUUAACGGAAACUUCAUUCCGGUUUCUAAAUCGGUGGAGCUUAUCAACGAGGACACUUUCAUUUGGAUUUUUAAUAGAUCGAAGCUCUCGUCGCCUUCGUGGGGGAAAUGGGUGGAUUUUGACAUAGUAGCCAUUUUGUAA